CGCGGGGGCACCCCGGGCCGUGCCGCCCCCCCGCUGACCCGCACCCCCUUCCCUGCCCAGAGCGGUGUAAUGGUGCCCCUGGAGAUCGUCCUCCUGAAGAAGGUGGGCUCCGGCUUCAGAGGAGUCAUCAAGCUGCUGGACUGGUAUGAGCGGCCCGACGGCUACCUGAUCAUCAUGGAGCGGCCCGAACUGGUGAAAGACCUCUUCGACUUCAUUACAGAGAAGGGUGCCCUGGACGAGGAGACGGCCCGUGGGUUCUUCCGGCAGGUGCUGGAGGCCAUACGCCACUGCUACGGGUGCGGCGUAGUGCAUCGGGACAUUAAGGAUGAGAACCUGCUGGUUGAUCUCAGGACAGGCGAGCUGAAACUGAUCGACUUCGGCUCAGGGGCCCUCCUCAAGGACACAGUCUAUACCGAUUUUGAUGGAACAAGAGUGUACAGCCCUCCAGAGUGGAUCAGAUACCACAGAUACCAUGGGAGGUCAGCAACAGUAUGGUCUCUGGGAGUUCUUCUGUAUGAUAUGGUUUGUGGAGACAUCCCUUUUGAGCAAGACGAAGAAAUCUUGAGGGGACGAUUAUACUUCAGGAGAAGAAUUUCGCCUGAAUGCCAACAGCUGAUCAAAUGGUGCCUUUCACUGAGGCCUUCAGACAGACCAACACUUGAGCAAAUCUUUGACCAUCAAUGGAUGCACAAAUCUGAAGUAGUGAAGUCUGAGGACUGUAACAUAAGGCUACGGACCCUUGAUACUGAUGUAUCUAGCACAAGUUCAAGUAAUGAAAGUCUGUGAUUUACUAAAGACUUCGCACUGGGAGGGGAGCUACAAACAGACCACAGUGCUGCUGCCAAUACGUAGGAGGGGCUAGAAAAAUGCAUUCAUUAUUCUGUAGUUGAAUCUUUGUCUGAGGAACUUGAUUUUAUUUUCCCCCUUUGCUGGUUUCUGCUUUGGAAUGAGAGAUUUCCUUUGGAAACGCUGAUGUUUGGGAGUUGCAGGCCAGUACUUAGUCAAAGACUGACCUUAUUAAGAAAGCAGUGACCUCUUGAAUACAUGGUAAACUUUUUUGCUCUCAUAGAGCCUGGACUAGAUUUUAUUUGCUUUUGAGUGCCUUUUUGAAAGCUGCUUCAGUGGGACUUUCUUUUUUUGAGCUGUGUAUGUCCAAAGAAGAUCCAGUUCAUUAUAGGAUUCUGCUCCCUUUAGACUCAGUGCUGGAGGAAGCAGCUCCUAUGAUGCAUUGGAGAACAUGUUCGGUGAUUGAAUGAAGUAGUCCCAUCCACUGGUGAUGGAAUACUUGAACACAGACAUUUC